AGCCAGUUCUAUGGCUGUCACAGAAGAUCACGACAACCAGCGACUGUGAUCCCUAAAAACCCAUCCUCCGGGAAUAAACUUUUCUUGUGUUCAGACUGAAGAAAGUUCAGGACCAGUAACAUCUCCCGUGAUGUCGUCUACAGUGGUGAUCAAGCAGGAGGAAACAGAGGUUGAUGUAGAUGUGGAUACCUUGAACAUCACCUCCAAGCGUACUUACGAACAGGUUUGUUUUGUUACAGUUUAAUUGCCAUAUUAUAAUACAGGAGUUCGAAGCAGUUAUAAACGCUUCAACCGAAAUCCUGAAACAAGGAGCCGACCUUCUCUCCUCCAGUGGUCCAAGCUCAGCCACAACUGAAACCCUUAACAUCACGGGGAUUGAAAACGAGAAUCCAUCUCAAAACGCCGGAACGAUCAGCUCUGACAUGGACUCCGAUCCACCUCCGGAUGUUGAUAACAUCUUUUCAGCUGAGAAGCUGUUGCAGAAAUUGGGUGUCGGAGGGUUAGAUAAUAUUGCUAAGACAGAGGAGGAGAAAAAGAUACUGAUUGAUAAAUUGAUAGAGAUACAGGUGGCGUGUGUAUGCGAGGCACUGCAGCAAAGCGGCAACAUAAAGCGGCUAGCAGCCUUCCUUUGGACCCUGCCCUGUCAUGAUAAUAGUCUGAUGAACAACGAGAGUGUUCUGAAGGCAAGGGCGGAGGUGUGCUUUAACGAGGGAAACUACGCUGAAGUUUACAGGAUAUUAUCUAGUCGGAAUUACUCACCAAACUCUCACGCGAAGCUGCAACAAAUCUGGCUCAAAUCUCACUACAUUGAAGCGGAGAAAGCGCGAGGGAGACCCCUGGGGGCUGUAGAUAAGUACAGGAUAAGGAGGAAAUAUCCUUUACCUGCUACUAUCUGGGAUGGGGAGGAGACUUCCUACUGCUUCAAGGAGAAGAGCCGCAACAGACUUAGGGACUGGUACGCACAGAACAAGUACCCGAGCCCCCACGAUAAGCGACAACUAGCAGAGUCUACAGGUCUGACCCUAACACAGGUCUCGAAUUGGUUUAAGAAUCGGAGACAAAGAGACAGAGCCGCUGAGACUAAAUCAAAACGUGGAGGAGAGAAGGACACAGAGAACGAAGGAAGCAGCUGUGGGUCCGGAGAUGAGGAAGAGGCGAAGGAGAUGGUGAUGAAGACAGAACCAGAUCAGUAUAUCAUGCAGCAGCAACAUCCCUCCGACAACAGACACCAGAUCAACUUGGUUCAGCCCCAUCUGUUGAUGACACAUCCUCCUUACCUGGGGAUGAACUUGUUGAAUCAGCUCCAACCUCCCUUUCUCCCGGACACUAGAGGAUCUAAUAUGAGACACACUUACCCUUCCCAACCUAGCUAUAGAAAGAUGAUGUUUGAAACGCCCAGUGAUCUCCACCGACCUGACCUCUACUUCCAAAACUUAGAUCUAACACGCGGCAUGGACGACCUAGCCGAGCUAGCAACACGUGACGUCACCAUGACAUCGUCACGUGAGCCUCACAUAACAUCACGUGAGGUUACCAUGACAGCACCGAGAGACGCACCAAUGGCCUCAUUGGAGUCUCCCGGAGUGCAGGAGGUGGGGGACCAGAUCAGUUCUCCUCAGAAUGUUCUGGAUCUUGAUAGAGUACAGCAGCAGCAGUCAAGUUUGUCGGAGUUACUGUUAGAACCGCAGUCUCCAAGCCGAAGAGAAGAGAGAAAGACCUCUGAUCAAGUGGACCAAUCAGAAGAAGAGAAGAGGUCACGUGUUCGCCAGCAAAUAAGAAGUCCUGAUCAAGAAUCAGGAACUUCACCGCGAUCAGAGCCAGUGUCACCCCGCAAUGUAGCGGAAGAAGAUGAGGAACCAAACCACUUCGACGAUGACAAGGACUUAGAUAACGACUCAUUACAGGAAGCUAAGCGACUAAAGCUCGACUCAGUUAUCGCAUGUUCAGAUUCCCAACAGAUCCACUCGAUAAAACAGAGUAUCGAAGGACAUUGACAAUCUUCUCUAACACUCAAAGUUCCUUUCAAAUCAUUUUAAGAGAGCUUGUUGAUACACGUUUGUUUUGUUGAAGUUGUGAAUGAAUCAAAAGACCGACUGAUGGUGAUGAUGUUAUUUUCAAUACAUCACUAAGUUAUUUGCAUACACAUUCAAUUAUAGAACUGUUAAUACAGAUUUCUCACACUCAGUUUAUCUGACUUAUACAUUAGGGUGGGCCAUAAUGACCUGUACGUCGUCCAAACAACUGCUUCUCUUAUAAUUUUGCCAGAUUAUCUACCUUGCAAGUAAUCGUUACGUUAACAUGAUUCUGGUCCACCCUCACAGUGUAAGACACGUGUCAGAUAGUAUGAAUAUACUUAAUGAUAAUAAUACGCUCAUAUCUUCUUUAAAGAAGCCGGUUUUUUGUGUGACAAUGUUUUUAAUAAGUCGUAUAUUCGUAUAAUUGCAACAAUUUUGUUUUGAUUUAUCAAUGAUGUGAAAUGUAUUUUGAUUUUUUACAAUGCCAGG